AUCAUAAGGUUCUAUUGACUUCUAUCUUCCGUACGGCUUUCUAUAGCGUCCGCAUGGGCAACAGAUACCGAAAGUUGGGCUGCAUAGCAGAAGCCGCAGGUAUCACAUCAAGCUGAGUAAUAUGGAAGAACCGUCCGAUAGUUCUGAUGGCUCGUAAUCCAAUCUUUUGAUAGCGGUGCUACGAAGGUGGCCGGGAGUGCAAGGAUUCACAUCUGGCUUACUCACUAGAAGCACUUGCGGGGAGCCGGUACCAUGUUUCAACACGCUUGGUGGAAAAUGCUGGAGUGAGCUCGUAGCUGAUCGGGACUGGAAGCCCUGCUUGAAAGACAACCCGUAUAUGUGUAGCGGAGUCUCAAGGCGAGCGUCGUUCAGAUGCAGGUUCAUUACGAUAUAUGCGUAGUCUGAAUCAGAUCGACACCGCCGGUUUACCUAGGCUUUGCAUUGGGCCAACUGCCUCUAACCCUGGGUAUGCGCCGGCCGGGGAUCACUUUCAUCUUCGCCCGAACAGCCAGCACUGGCAUCACUACUACAGGAGUCCUUUUGAGGGACUUGGACCAGACAUUGCGUCCCAAGUCCAGACCGCAAAUUACAUUACGGUGGCUGUAGAAGCGGCCUGGCUUUGGGACAUAUUCCUUGAAUUUCCGGAAGAAGUUCGAUUGUUUACCGAGAAACGAUUGACAAUCCCCAAUCUUGCCUAUGCCGUAGCACGGAUCAUGACUUUUGCGUUCCUAACAACAGCACUUACAUUCUUUGUUGCUCCUGUUGGCGAGCAUUGUCAUUCUCUAAUAAAGGCGGCCGGCUGGUUCGGUGCAAUAUCUGUCCCGUGCAAUACGUUGCUUUUCUUCAUACGGAUUCUAGGAAUCUUCCGGGAAUCCCGUACUGUUGUCGCAGUGUUUGGCCUACUAUGGCUGAGCACAUGUGCUUCAGUGCUAACACCUUUCAGCUUCAAUGGGCUCGAUCUCGAUCUCGUCGAUCAUGUAUGUAUUAUGACCGACGUCAAGACCUUUGGCGCGGCUAUCUUCUUAACCGUCACCAUUUUCGACACUGCUGUGUUCAUAGCCAUUACCAUGAGGGUUCUAUCUUUUAGCUUGACGGAAACCUGGGGAUCGCGAUUAAAAUCAUUCCUAAGUGGAAGGAACCUAGGUCAUAUAUCGAGAACACUCUUGCACACUGGUCAAUUGUACUAUCUAGCAACUGUUGGUCUACACGUUUUCGUGGUUAUUGGCGUGUUCACGCCUUCCAUUUCAUCAAGCCAUCGCUCGGUCCUCGCCAUGCUCGGCUCUGCGGUACAAAAUGCAAUGGCAUGCAGGGUGUUCAGGCUAUUAAAGUUUGGUGUCAUUCAGAAUGUCCCUUCAUCGCAUGCGCCCGCUAGUACGAUCCAAUUUGCAGUUUCACAAUCAACAUCUAUGGACCAAGAAUUCGCAAACUCUGAGGAAACUCAAGGUGGUUCGGAGGAAGAUGUGGUAGCUUCCGCACAGUGAAAAGGAGUUUGCGGAAUCGCCAGCUAUCCACAUUACCAUCGAGUUUUGCCUGAUCAGUGUGGGGGUUCAAUUCUUUCUGUGUAAUGUAUAUUUACCCAAACCGUAUGUACUUCAUCAAUGCCGGGCCAUAUGGCAAACCAAUGACCGUUGAAUACAUAUGUAUUUGGCUAG